AGCACUACAAGUCCCAGCAUUCACGCACAGUUGUCAUGAAGUUGGUGUUAUUUACCUCAGAGGCUGCACAUUACUUCUCACUGCCUCCAGUCUGUGACGUUCACCCCCCCACAUGGUGAGAGGCUUCUGGGAGACCACAGCUGAACGGUUAAAUAUGCUGGCUCAGUCGCACAUCCUCGCCUCCCUGGGAAGGAAGCAAGCUGCUGCGAAUUGGGGGCAAUAUGUUUACAUGUUGCAGCAAAGCCAGUAUGGGCCGAUGAGAAUUUUUCGUGAAUGACCCCCAGUAUUGCUUGAGGCUUCACAUUCCUUCAUCUCUGCUUCUUGACAUAUUCUAAUAAACCAUGUUAAAGGAAGGCAAUAGUAAUUUCCGUUUUUCACCCAAAAAGUCAGAAAAUAUUCUUGCAGAGGAAUAUAAGCGAGAGCUUGAACUGGUAAAGAAGGAAUUAGAAAGUGAAAAAUUAAGAACACAAGAUGCAAGGAAAAGGUGCACAUCAGAGUUAAAGCAGUUUAAGGAGACUUUUCAAAAACAAAAAAGAAAGCUAGUGGAUGACUUGAAGUCCAAGUUGGAGCAGCAGAAAACCCGGGAGCUACAGCAGAUAAAAGAAUCAGUUUUACGAGAAAGAGAAUUAGAAAUAAAGCAACUCAUAAGAUGGAAAGAUGAGGAACUAAAAGAGCUUCAGACACUUCUGCAAAAAGAGAGAGAUACAGCAGUUAGACAAGCAAGAGAGCUGCAGAAACAAUUGAUAGAUGAGCUGCUGAAUAAGGGUUAUACAACAAAGUCAAGCAAUGCUAAAAAAUAUGAACUUGACUUCCCAUCUGCUAGUGAAUGCCAGUGCAGACUUCAGGAUGUUCUGUCUAAGAUUCGUUGGGAAUAUGAUGGUGAACAGGCUGCACGCAUUCGGCACUUAAAACUGGAAUUGGAAUUAGCAAAAAAUCUCUUUAUUAAAUACAUUCUGGACAGCAAUAAUAGUAGUUUAUUGACUAUUUUAAAGGGAAAGUCGAAGCCUUUGAAUUGUGGGGAAAUUAAAUUUGGACGCUAUUCCCUUGGUAGCCGUACUACCAGACCUUGGUCACUAGAUGAAGUAUCACUAGGUCCAGAUCGUAUAGAAAAUGUUAGACAUAGGCCACAACUGUCAAGAGCAAAAUCACUUGAAUGUAUGAUCCCGGAACAUGAAUACCAACACACAAAUGAAAAGUUCUUGGAAUUUACUCCAGAAACGGAAAUAAUUGUGGAACACAAUGAAACAGAUUGCCAUGAGAAUCAUACAUCCUAUAUUGCUCCCUAUUUAGAUACAAAAAAUGAUUUUUUAACUUCCUACUUUUUUGAGAAUGAAGUAAAUGAGCUAUGUGAAAAUAUGAAGGAAUCUGGUCUCGAUAUUUCUACAGUGACAGGUGAUAAUAACUGUACGACAUCCGUAGAAUUGCUUGAUUCCAGCCAAAGCCAUGGUGUACAAAAUGUUGAUAGUCUGCAGCUUUCGCCGACAAGGCCCUCCUUCCAAAAGACUAAAGAACUAAGGCCAAAUACACUAGUGCAGUCCAUUCAGAAAAGGCUUGUGAAUAUCAGUGACAGUUCUCCUUCAGCACAAGGUCCAGAUUUGCCGAGUGCACUACAAGAGCUGGAGCAACGCUGUAAAGAUUUGAAAGAAGAAAAUAUCAUAUUGAGAAAAAGCAGCAUCCCAGAGACUGAGGAGAAGGUAAAAAGACUGAAGAGAAAAAAUGCAGAGCUUGCAGUUAUAGCCAAGCGCUUGGAAGAAAGAGCUCAAAAGCUUCAGGAAGCAAAUCUGAAAAUGGUUAAUACUCCAAUACACCUUAGGGGUGCUGGUUUGGAACUAUGUAAGAAGGCAUUUGCACGCCAGCGAGCUAAGGACAUGAGUGAACAGGCUAGUGCUUUAUUGGCUAAAGACAAACAGAUUGAAACCUUAAAGCAAGAGUGUCAAGAGCUGCAAGCAAAACUGUCUGGUGGAAAAGACUUUCCAAAUUACUUGAAGCUGAAUGACUUUAACCGUUUGUUACAUGAGUCUCAGAAGGAAGUCCUACGGUUACAAAGGCAAAUUGCCAUGAAAUACUUGAAAGAAUCCCUUAAUUUGUCAAGAGUUGAGGCCCAUAGUUCUCCAAAACCCUCCGAAAUGAUGUGUUUGAGAAUGAUUUCCUCUGAACAACCCACACAAGAUCCAGAUAAUUCUAUAAUGACAACAUCGAUGGACUCUGUUCAGGAAGUUGAAUUGAGCAGAAAACGGAAAGAAUGUGAACUUUUAGAGCAAGAGGUAACAAAGAAGCAGAAGAGAUGUGAAGAAUUGGAACUCAAGGUUCAGGAAGUGCAAAAAGAAAAUGCAUGUCUUGUGGAAGAAAAUUCAAGGCUCUGCAUCAGAGUAAAGAGGGUAGCCAAGGUUGACUCUGAAAAUGCUGACUUGAAGAGACGUCUAACUGAGGUGACUGAGCAACGGGAUUCUGCUCUUAAGGAGAUUCAUAGAUUGCAAAGCAAGCUGGAGAACUUAGAGCAAGUACUGAAGCUCAUGCGAGAUGUGGCGGAAAGAAGGCAACAGCUGGAAAAAGAUCAUGAAGAUGCUUUGAUAGCUUUGCAAAAAAGGCAGGAGGAAGUAAAGCGCCUCCAGCAGGCCCAGGUUGAAGCUAAAAAAGAACAUGAAGGAGCAGUUCAGCUUCUGGAGAACACUUUGGAUUCUUUACAGUCUAAAGUAAAGCUUUUAGAAGAGAAAUGUCGCAGUCAGACAGAACAGUUCAGCCUCCUAUCCCAGGAGUUGGAGAGAUUUCGCUUACAAACUGGAAACAUUGAUCUUCUAACCUCCACCUUUGUGACUUCUGAGCUGCCGCCACCACAAUAUUGCUCCUCACCGGGCCUCACACCUGUUCAACAAGAAAGAGUAAAUGAAAAGACUAAGGAUGAGGAGAAAAAACAGAUACCAGAAGCACCAGAGCCAAGCCACAAUGUCGCCAAUGUUGGGGCACCAAUUCAACCGCUUGCCAAAGAAAAUCAAAAGCUUGAAACGCCACACAAUCCAUCAAAAUCAGAGUCCACACCUGAUAGUUCCAAGUCUUGUCCUACUCCAGAAGUGGAUACUGCCAGUGAAAUGGAAGAGCUUGAAGCAGACAGCAUUUCAUUAAAUCCUGAACCAGAAACCCGCUCCAGUGCUAAACUGCAAGUUUUUCUUGCAAGAUACAGCUACAAUCCUUUUGAUGGUCCCAAUGAGAAUCCUGAAGCAGAACUCCCCCUCACAGCUGGGGAAUACAUUUACAUCUAUGGGGAAAUGGAUGAUGAUGGAUUUUUUGAAGGAGAGUUGAUGGAUGGAAGGCGUGGACUUGUUCCUUCAAACUUUGUGGAACGUGUCUCUGAUGAUGACAUGAUAGCCUUUCACCCAGCUGAAACAAAUGAGCUGUCACGGAGUUCUGGGCAGGACAUUAGCUUUUUGAGUGGAAGCAGCAUAGAGAGAAGUGAAGAGGACGACGAUGGAAGCAGCCUCAGUCCAUUGCCCAUGCAAGGAAAUAGUGAGGGAGCUAGAGAUGUCUCAGCCGUGCCUUACCCUCGAAAGCUUACCCUUAUUAAACAGCUUGCUCGUAGUAUAGUGGUUGGAUGGGACCCUCCUCUUGUAGCUGCAGGCAGUGGAAAUAUCUUAAGUUAUAAUAUCUAUGUAGAUAAUGAACUUCGGCAAAAUGUUCGCUGUGGAGGACAAACUAAAGCCUUGAUUGAGAAACUUGAGCUGAAAACCCGUACUUAUCGGAUUUCUGUACAAAGCAUGACAGACAGUGGUUGUUCAGAUCGAAUGCGUUGCACUUUGUUAGUUGGCCAUGGUUACACACUUGCUCCAACGCAACUACGCGUUCGCAGCCUAUCAGCUACGUCUGCUGAAAUAACAUGGCAGCCAUGUAACAGCAACUAUUCACAUGCCUUGUAUCUUAAUGAGGAAAGCUGUGGUUUGGCUAAGGCAGGGACUUAUUGGUACACAUUUAGCAACUUGAGACCCAGCACCAUGUAUAAUGUAAAAGUGGAAGCCCGACCCCAGAGGAUUCCAUUGGAGUUGCCUCUUGAAAGGAGAGAGCCAAAGACUACAGUAAUGCAACUGACCACUCCUGCUGCAGGUCCUCCAGAUGCUCCCCUUGAUGUACAGGUUGAAUUAGGUCCAAAACCUGGUGUUCUGCUAAUCACAUGGUUACCAGUGACAAUAGAUGCAGCAGGGACAUCUAAUGGAGUCAGAGUAACGGGCUAUGCAGUGUAUGCUGACGGACAAAAGGUACUUGAAGUUACAUCUCCAACAGCUGGGAGUGUGUUAGUGGGUACUUCUCACUUACAACUCCUGCAGGUGUCACGGGAAAUAUCUGUAAGAACAAUGUCCCCAAGUGGAGAAUCCAUGGACUCUGUGCCAGCUCAUAUACCCUCUGCCUUUUUAAAAGUCCCUGACAGUCCUUCCUUGUCACAUACCUUUUCUAUCUCUAGCCUUAUAUGUGAGCAAGCAUCAGGGCAAAACCUAUCUUCUCAUUGUGAGAAGUCUCCUUCUAUGCCUCUUACUACAUCAUCUCCCUGUUCGCUUCAUAAUCUGCCAGCCUCAGCUUCCCAAGCAAAUUCCCCCAUCUAUACGAACUGUAUUAGGGGUGACUCCAUAGACUCUUUGCCAGUUAGAGCCUCGUCGCUUAGUGCUUCCUCUGGUUACUGCCAAGGAUCUUCCAGUUCAGAGCCUGCUGAGGUACACCUGUCAUGCCAAGGAGCACAGAACCACUUCCCUUCCACCGUUCCUGAAGUUGCCAGAACUGAACACACACUACAGUCUGUAACAGCACUACAAGAACACAGUCAAGAAAAUAUUCCAAACACCAAAGAACCUGAAAUAAACAGCAAAGUAAAUACCAGUGCCCUACCGAUGGGAAUAACUUGGUGCAAGGAGAAUAGUUUGGAAUUAAACACAACUGCCAAAGAAGAAUGCUCAAGCCCAGAGACUGAGUUACCAGAGGAUGCUGAGACAACCAACUUAAGUUGCCGGGGAGUCUCCAUUGAAGACUUUCUUGAAGUUGACAGAAAUGAGAAAAAGGAGCCCAGUAUGACUGUCAGUUAUGACACAGAGGAUACAGUCAAAUUGCAGUUGGACAAACAUUCAAGUGUACAUCUUGAUCACAGCCGAAGUUCUAAUCUUUCCGAUAUCUUGGAGGAAGAGGAGGAUGUGGACGAAGAAGAUUGCAAUGUUAUUCCCAGUGCCAAAAAAUGGGGACAGCCAUCAACAAGCACAAGUGGAGACUGUUCUGUGAAGUUGGACUGUUGUGAAACAGACAGCGAUGAGGAAAUUCUUGAAAAGAUUUUGGAUCUACCUUUACAGAAACAUUGCAGUAAGAAAUUAUUUAGCAUCCCAGAGGUGACUGAGGAAGAGGAUGAAGAAGAGGCAUCUCCCUCCCCCCAUAUUGUUUCUAAAAAUCUACGCUGUAACAUGAAGUAUCAGUAUGGAAACUCCCAUAAGGACUUCUCCUCAAAACUGGGUCCUGUAAGUUGCUCAAACUUCCCCACAGAGACACCGAUCAAAGUGGGUACUGUGAACAACAAGAAAAUGGAAUGUGGGGAAGACAGUGUCUUUCUUGAUGAGGAUUUUUGUCCAAAAUUAAAGGGUUGUGUUUAUCAAGCCCCAUCAGAUGUAAUGCCUCCAGUCUCUGAAACCCAGAUGUGGAAAACUAAAAGGAACAGCUAUGAUACUGAUAGAACUUGCUGCUUCACAGAGCCCAACCGGAAAAAGCAGAAUGAUAGCCGAGAACACUGCAGCCGAAUGUCCCAAAAUUCUAAUCAAAGUGGGUUUUACAACUCUAAAUCCUACAAAGUUAAAGAGUCAGUGUCUUGUGGUACAGCUCGAGACACCUCCCAAGCAAAUCACCAAAGCUUAAAGAAUAAACCAUCUAGAAAUCCUCAAAGGCGACGACUGCUUGGCUCCACAAAUUGCAAACCGAAAGCUCUUAGUUCGUUCAGCAGUAGGCAUUUAGAAAUUGAUGUAGAAUAUGAUACAGAAGAUGAGGAUGAGCCAUCAUUUCCAGCUCCUACUACUAGCCGGCCUAAAGCUGAUCUUUGGGAAGAUGGCUCCCAGACUGACAAGGAAGGUUGGAGUGAAAGCUCUGGUUACUCUGAGCCUAUACAGCAUACAAGAAGGAAAAAUUAUGUGAAGAGACCAAUGAAAGAACAGAACGCACAUCUUAAGGGAACUGCAUCCCUUCCUCACGCUGGAUUAGCUCAGCUUAGCUGCAAUAAAGAUGAUCCAGUUACCAGAGCAGCAAAUAGAAGUAUGCGAUCCGUUCGAUGGCAGUGUGAUGGAAAGGAGGAUUUUAUUCAAGAUUCAAAGGUGCAGUUGCAGCUCAGUCCUACCAGAUACAUAUCAUCAGACAGAAAGAGCUCAAGUCACCUGAUUUCAGACUCUGAGUCAGAUGCUGCAUAUUCUACCCAGCCAGAGUGCUCUCAAGAAAAAAUAUUAGAAGAUAGAGACUGUCCCGUAAAAGAACAGGAAGCUGAUUCUGUAAGGUUAUUUGUAGCCCUUUUUGAUUAUGAUCCAGAGACUAUGUCACCUAAUCCUGAGGCAUACAUGGAAGAACUUCAGUUUAAAGAGGGACAGAUUUUGCAGGUCUUUGGCGACAAAGAUUCUGAUGGCUUCUAUCAGGGCAAAUAUGCAGAAAGUACUGGCUACAUCCCAUGCAACAUGGUAUCAGAAUUACAUAUUGAGAAUGAAGAAGAUAAAAUGCAGCUUUUGAGACAGGGUCACAUGACUUCAGCUUCUCUACUUAUUGACUUGGAAAUUAGAGCUUUCUCUGCUCCUGCUCCUCCUCUUGCUCCUUCAGGCCGCUUCGCUAUUCCUCCUCCAAAACCCCGACGCACCAAGAAAGUGCAAUGUGCUUCUGCUCCUGAAGAGAAUAAUGCAUCAGGCAUACAGCCGAAGAACAGCAAAUCUGAUCUGAGCUCCUCCUUGUCAAUGGUGGCUAUAUUUGAUUAUAAUCCAAAAGAAAGUUCUCCCAACCUUGAUGUUGAGGCAGAGCUGAGCUUUACUGCAGGAGAUGUUAUCACAGUGUUUGGACCCAUGGAUGAAGAUGGCUUUUAUUAUGGGGAAUUAAAUGGUCAGAGGGGACUUGUGCCAUCAAAUUACUUGGAGCUCUCACAAGCUCAGACUGCAGAAUCAACGUGUCCAGAAACAGUCCAUAAAAAAGGGGAAAAAGAGUUUGAUUUUGAUGCAGAAAUUGCCCAACCAAGCUCGCUUCCUGUUGAACCCAAUGAGCAAGCAGUCGAAUCUAAGGAGAAUUCUGAAAAGACAGAUGUGCAUCAAGGGAUCGCCUCCACCAAGAAAAAAAAAAGCUUUUUCUCUAAAGGGAGAAAACUCUUUAAAAAACUAGGGUCCUCUGGAAAGAACUUGUAAAUAUGGCCUAGUGUGUCCAGUCUGUCAUACAGCAAUAAAAGCACUUCAUGGUGUGGAAGAGGCGAAAAGCUUUUGUCGGUUACUGUCCAUCUGCUGGCCUGUCUGGUAUUGGUCAGCACUGCCACUUGUAAAUAGUAUUUAUUGUUAAACGGCUUGUUAGAAGUUUCUUGGUGUCUGUGACAGCAAGAGAUACGAGAUACCUAUGAAUGUACAUGGAUGGCAUCUGAAUUCGUUGCAAAAACAGGAAACUGAUUGUAAGCACUGAUACACUAAGAGCUACAUAAGGGAACCAAAGCCUGGGUUCUGCAAGCUUAAGUGGUUCCCUGGGCUUCUUACUUGUGCACUUGAUAAGUGACUAUGACUUUUAGGACAACAAGGAAUGUUUGCACUGUGUUUUCUCCCCUAACUUUUAUGCCAUGACUUGGGAAAUGCUGUGCAGGAAGUAUUAUAUCUGCCAUAACUGCGCAACCCAUUACAGGAGAGAAUAAACGCCAACAUAGUGACCUUGGCGGGAUUUAAUAGCGCUUACCCAUUUUCAAGGAAAAUAGCUUUGUUAUGUUGUGUGCAUGUUGGAAAAACUGAAUGUUCCUUUGCCUUAUUUUAUUGGUUAAAUUGUACUUGUUUACAAAAGUCCUAUCUGCUCUGAGCAGAGAAUGACUGUUGGUUUAAAGCCAGAUUGAUGUAUACAUAGCCACCUGGAGAGCAUCUUAUUCCAUCUUCCAUGUUGUUCUUCUCCUCUCCUGACAUCACAGCCAUUACCAUGUACUUGUGACCAGCAUUUUGUACCACAAGGCCAGCUUUUUGAUGCUUUCUGUGUUUAUGUUGUUAUUUUGCAUGUUUGAAGCGGAAAAAGAAGUAAAAUUGUUUUGAAGGGUUGGGUUAACGCCCAUGAAUUGUUUGGAAAUUUUAAGUGACGCCAUUGGUGUUGCAACAUGUUCAUUGUUUACAAACGCAAAUACAUUUUAAUAUAAUAAAGUAUAUUUUCACUAUAAAAA